AUGUCCAUAUUACUCUAUCUCAUUCGUAUCUAUCUAUCUAUCUAUCUAUCUAUCUAUCUAUCUUCAUAUAUAUAUUAUAUCUUUCUUUCUUUCAUUUAUUCUUCCAUUCUUUCUUUCUUUUUUCUUUCUUUCUUUCUUUUCUCCAGUUGUUUCAUUCCUUUCAUUAUAUCUAGUUCUCAGUAUAUUUUUCUUUCUUUCUUUCUUUCUUUCUUUCUUUCUUUCUUCAAUUGUCUACUUCAUUUCAUUCUAUCUUUAUAUCUUUCUUUCUUUCUUUCUUUCUUUUUCUGCUUAGUUGUCGCUUUUUUUCUCCUCAAUUUCCUUAUACCUUAUUCUCCCAGUCUUUAUUUCUCCCCCUUUUCAUAUUAUGAGAUGUUUCUGUCUGGUGAAGAGAUCCCAAAAUCAAGAAGCAUAUGGUCAACAUUUGUCUUGCAUCGUUUAAAGUUGGAUGCGAUCUUACUUUUUCUCCGAUCUAUCAUUUUUCUAUCCUAUCUAUCUAUCUUUCUUUCUUUCUUUCUUUGUCUUCUUCUUGAGGUUAUUAUAUCUAGUUCUCAAUAUUUCUUUCUUUCCAUCUCUUUUUCUUUAUUUUUCAGUUAUUUUCUUAAUUUCAUUAUACCUUCUCAAUAUUUCUUUCUUUCUUUCUUUUCUUUCUUUCUUUCUUUCUUUCUUUCUUUCUUUCUUUCUUUCUUUUGUUGUCUCCUUGAGGUUAUUAUAUCUAGUUCUCAAUAUUUCUUUCUUUCCAUCUCUUUUUCUUUCUUUUAUCAGUUAUCUUCUUAUGUUCAUUAUACCUUCUCAUUAUUUCUUUCUUUUCUUUCAUUUUUUUCCUUUUUAUUCUUUCUUUCUUCAAUUGCCAACUUAAUUUCCUUAUAUAUUGUUUUCAGUAUUUCUUACUUGCUUUCUGUUUUUUUUUUCUUUCUUCAGUUAUCUUCCUUUCAUUAUACCUACUUCUCACUAUUUCUUUCUUUCCCUUUCUCCUUCAGUUCCUUAUAUAAUAUUCUCACUAUUUCUUUCUUUUUCUUUGUUUAUUUAUGUCGGGCGUUCCUUUGUCAUCAUUUUACAGUUUUCUUCAUAAUAAAAGAAAGCAGAUGCAAAAUCAUAGAUGACUACUGUCUCCUGUUUCUUCUUUCCUUUCUCCUCUUCUUCUUUUCUUUCUCUUCUUCUUUUCUUUCUCCUCUUUUUCUUUUCUUUCUUCUUCUUCUUUUUUUUUUCUUUUCUUUCUCUUGUUCUUUUCUUUGUCCUCUUCUUUUCUUUCUCCUCUUUCUUUUCUUCUUCUUCUUCUUCUUCUUCUUUUCUUCUUCUUCUUCUUUUGUUUGUUCUUCUUCUUUCUCUUCUUUUUCUUUCUUCUUCUUUUCUUCUUCUUUUUCUUCUUUUUCUUCUUCUUUCUUCUUCUUUUUCUUUCUUCUUCUUUUCUUCUUCUUCUUCUUUUCUUUCUUUUCUUCUUCUUUUUCUUUCUCCUUCUUCUUUUCUUUCUUUGUUUUUUUCUUUUUCUUCUUCUUCUUCUUUCUUCUUCUUCUUUCUUCUUCUUCUUCUUUUCUUUCUCUUCUUCUUCUUCUUCUUUCUCUUUUUUCUUCUUCUUCUUCUUCUUCUUCUUUGUUUUUUUUUCUUUCUUCUUUUCUUUCUCCCCUUCUUCAUUUCUUUCUCCUCUUCUUCUUUUCUUUCUCUUCUUCUUUUCUUUCUCCUCUUCUUCUUUUCUUUCUCUUCUUCUUCUUUUCUUUCUCCGCUUGUUUUUUUUUCUUUCCCUUCUUCUUUUCUUUCUCCCCUUCUUCUUUUCUUUCUCUUGUUUUUUUCUUUCUCUUCUUCUUUUUCUUCUUCUUCUUCUUCUUCUUCUUCUUUUCUCUUCUUCUUUUCUUUCUUCUUCUUCUUUUCUUCUUCUUCUUCUUUCUCCGCUUGUUUUUUUUUUUUCUUCUUCUUCUUCUUUCUUCUUCUUUUCUUCUUCUUCUUCUUCUUUUCUUUCUUCUUCUUUCUUCUUCUUCUUCUUCUUCUUUCUUCUUUUCUUCUUCUUCUUCUUCUUUUUCUUCUUCAUCUUGUCUUUCUUCUUUUUUUUUUCCUUCUUCUUUUCUUUCUUCUUCUUCUUUCUCUUCUUUUUUCUUUCUUCUUCUUUUCUUUCUUCUUCAUUUCUUUCUUCUUCUUCUUCUUCUUCUUCAUCAUUUUCUUCUCCUCUUUCUUCUUCUUUCUUUCUUCUUCUUUUUCUUUCUCCUUCUUUUUUCUUCUUCUUCUUUCUUCUUCUUUCUUUCUUCUUCUUUUCUUUCUUCUUCUUCUUCUUUCUUCUUCUUCUUUUCUUCUCUCUUCUUUUCUUUCUUCUUCUUCUUCUUCUUUCUUCUUCUUUUCUUCUUCUUCUUCUUUUUCUUUCUUUUCUUCUUUCUUCUUCUUCUUCUUUCUUCUUUUCCGUCAUCUUAUAUUAAUUUCCUUUCAAUUGUUUUCUAUUUUCGCUUCGCGUCUUUUCCUUUCGGCAUAUUUUUCUUCACAUUUUAUCCCUCCCUUCCUCUAUCACCAUCUGCUUUCGCACCUCUUCUUCAUUCUUGUCUAAUAUCAUUAGGUUUUCUCUCUUCUUUUUCUGAAGAGCGCUCAAAUAAACAGUGUAAGCGGGAGAGGUACAACAUAUCGGUGUAUCUAGAUCAUAUUUCUUCUUCUUCUUCUUCUUCUUCUUCUUCUUCUUCUUCUUCUUCUUCUUCUUUGCCUUGCCGUGUCCGUUCUUUAUGGGCCAUCAUGGCUCUCUAA